AACCAGUGCAUACAUGUGUCGCAGAUUCAAGAACUCAGAGAGAGCUGGAACAGCGGCGGACCUGAGUGUGCACCAAGAGUACCAGUGGGUUUAAAUCCUAAAAAAAAGAAAACACUCUAAUAGUCUACGCAGAAUAGUUAGGUGACAUUUCAUCAACUGAAGAGCAAUAACGAGAGAGAUAAGAAACUCUUAUUUGCUGCACUGGAACAUCUCAUGAACAUGGAGCUGUUAGCAAUAGGGGAGCAAGUGUUUGCUGUAGAGUCAAUAACGAAGAAGAGGGUAAGAAAGGUAAGGACGCUGCUGGGAAAUGUGGAAUAUCUGCUCAAGUGGCAAGGAUGGUCGCCCAAGUACAGCUCUUGGGAACCAGAGGACAACAUAUUGGACCCUCGUCUUGUCCUCGCCUAUGAAGAAAAAGAGGAGAAGGAAAGAGCUCUGGCUUAUAAGAGGAAAGGCCUGAGACCUCGUCGAGUUAUUCUGCGGAGCAUCUACCCAAUGGACCUACGAAGCAAAAACAAGGUUCCAGAUAAACCCACCCCAAGAAUCCGCCUGUCACUCACCCGCUCGGUGGGGACGGUAAUAGAUCAGAAUGGGCGGCGCUGCAAGAUAAGGCAGUGCAGGUCCAAACUCAUGAAUGACAACAAAUCAUCCCAGCAACAAAGACUUCCUGCAAAAGACUCACAGAAACCAUGGGGUGGAGACGAUGAAGACGAGAGGAAGAAAAUGGUGAAGAUGCAGCAAAAUAACAAAGAAAACACAACAGAAGUGCAUCAGGACAUUCCAAGUGGUCAAGAGAUGUCGGAGGGUUACAACUCUUCGGCAGAACAUGAAGCUGAAAUCACCAUCAAGGAAACUGAGAACUGCGCUUUCAUUUUUGAACAUGCUGAGAUGCAAAGUGAGGAUACAGGUCCAGUUUUAGGAGCAAUAGAAAACAGUACAAUCACCAACACACAAGAGAAUGAGCCAGUCACAAACACUGCAGGGGAUGAGGACUCCGACCGGGUAUCACAUGACACAACAAACACUGACCAAUCACUACAGAACAGCACCAAGUCAGGAGCCGAGCAAAGUGUGUUUGACAAAGUACAGAACAGACCUUCGGUUAUCGAGGUACAUUCGAGCACUACAUGGAGACAGGAAGAGGUAAGAGAAAGGUGUGAGGUAGACAGUUCAGAGGCCGAAGAAAAGGAAGGAAUGGAUGCUGAUGUUACAGCAGAAUGCACAACAUUAUUACAGGUCCCAAUUGACCAAUCACAGACUUCCUCCACCACCGCAGCACAUCCUGGGAAAGUCAUUGUGACUCGGGUAACGCUAAAUUCCUUGACCGUCACCUUUAAAGAGGCCACGAGUGCAGAAGGCUUUUUUAGUGGCUAUGGGCUUGAGGUGUAAGUUGACAAAGGAACCCAAGAACAUACAAAAGAUUCAUGUACAUUUAGUCAGGACCAAGUGAAUAAUACAGUUUUCAGUAGUGAAGCAGAUAUUGUCUAAGCAAGGUAAAGACUUCAACAAGGCAUUUGUUUUAAGUUUGUCCUUGUGUCAUUGUGGUAAAAUAAACAUUGAAGGACAACAUUUCUGAUUAUACUCAGUGAUGCUGUAUUUGAAGACUUUAAGCAUGUAAAGCAAAUCUCUGUAUCUGUACCACCACUUUUCCAUCAGCAGCAGUCAUUGACUUAAUGAGAAGAAACUGUUUUUCAGUUCUGACUCCAAGACAAAACUACUGUUACGUCACCUCUUUUGUCCUGUAACCAACCAGGUGGGAAAAGGAAUUGCCACCUGGCUUUGUUUCCAUAUCUGCGCCUGAGCUGUCUUCACUGUUAGGAGGCCUUUGUGCAUUUUUUAAGAGACAGUAUUGGUUUACAUUCACAGCUGCUACAGUGGACGCUUUCGUAGGGGUAGAUCCUGUUCAUCUGAACACAUGUGCUUUAGGUGUGCUUUUAGCAUGGCAGAAAUCAGAGCCGAGCCUAAGUUACAUGUUUUGUUCGUGAUAGUUGAACAUGGCUUGUCAGCUCUAUUGUUGCUCUCACAUGUGACAACUACUUUUUUUUGCUUGUAUUUACAGCAAAUAAAUAGAAAAAUAAAGUUGUGGGUGAUUUUAA